GAGCGUGCGUCGGUUGAGUUCGUGCCGGCUAAAUGAACUUUAAAGUGCUGUAAAACGAGGGUAACAACAAUACUGCCAUCAUAGCAAAAAUACAUCAAAACAUAGGCAUCAGCCUUUGCGCGGGACGCCGACACUGGAUGGGUGGAGAGUUACCAAGCAUCGCGUGGGAUACAAGCUCGAAAGGAAACUCCAUGAUUUGUCCGCUUGACGUCUCAUCUCCUUACCAAGCGCCAUGUCGUCCACACUCGCAGGCCCAUUGACAGAUCACUGUUUCACUUCAGUCGCACACAGCGGUACACCCAAGGGUCAAAGCAUUACCAUCGCUGGCGUACCGACAUACCUAGCUACUCCGCAAGCUCCCGCUGCGUCCGGAGUGGAAACUGUCAUCCUAUACUUCUCAGAUGUCUUUGGGCCAUUCUAUAUCAACGCUCAACUGGUUCAAGAUUACUACGCUUCUCAAGGUUUCACCGUGGUUGGGAUAGAUUACUUUUUUGGUGAUCCUGUCCAUCUGCAUCUUGACAAGCCUGGGUUUGAUCGUUCGACAUGGAGAGCAAAGUCUGUCGAGCAAGCGAAGGCUAGCGUCCCAAAGUGGGUGGAUGGUGUCAAGGAAAUGUUCGGAACGAAUGUGAAAUAUUGUGCCGUUGGUUUCUGUUUUGGCGCGCCCUACGUCUUUCAGGUUGCAGCUACUGAUAUGAUAUCGUGUGUGCCCUUGCUAUUCUCUUGCGCAGAAAUGGACUCCGCAUUCCCAGCGCCAUUCCGACGACAAGUUGAAGACAUCCUUGUGGAGAAGAAGGCAACAUACUAUUUUCAGAUAUUCAGCGGUGUAUCUCACGGCUUUGGAACAAGGGGAAAUCCAGAAGUCGAGACUGAAAGGUGGGCGAAGGAAGAGUGCCAACGUGCGAUGGUGGGAUGGUUCAAACGUUUUACGAGUAGCAAGUGAUAUCUGCCGUUAUUAAACGAGUUUGCGGGGACGGCUAUGAACGGUUCAAGCUAGCUAUAAUUAUCCAGAAAGUCAUUUUCCUGAAUACUAUUGUGUAAUCUAUGUGGAACAUACGGACAUCCGGUACCCUGAUUUGUUCA